CGGCGGCGGGGGCGGCCCGAGCUUCAGCCCUCCACUCCCGCGGCCGAGGGAAGGCCGGCCGGGGGCCCCGCCUGCGAAAUGGCCGACGCCCCGGGCGCGGCCCUCGGAGCGCUCCUCUCCUCUCUCUCCUCCGCGGCGCCGUGGCCCAGGGACGCCGCCACCGCCUGGCGCGGAAGCCGAGGCUGAGGGCCGAGCGGGGCCGGGAGGAGAGGCGGCCGGGCCGAGGGAAGCGGGCGUCCGGGAGGAAGCCCCCCCCCCCCCGCCGGGGCGGCCUCGGUGUGGCGGAGUGGAGAGUAGGCCUCCCGGCGGGCCCCCCUUAGGGAGCGCUGGACGUUUGCCCAGGGGCGAGCAGAGGUGAAUGAGAGUUGAGUAUUAGAAAAAGUAGAUGUAUUCUCUACUCCGAGAUUUAGCUCCCUGAUUGUUGUAGUCUUCACUUUGUGGAGCAUUGGUGCUGAAAUACUGAAGCAGUUAAUGGUUGAAUAUGAUCACAUUUCACCAUCAAGUUCUCAGCCUGAUAACGAGAAUCCCUUUUUGUCAACCUAAUGAAGCAUUCAAACAAGUCAUAUGACUCUUUUCAAGAUGAACUUGAAGAUUAUAUUAAAGUACAGAAAGCCAGAGGCUUAGAGCCAAAGACGUGUUUCAGAAGAAUGAGAGGGGAUUAUUUGGAAAGCUGUGGGUACAGAGAAGAGUUUGAUUCCAGACCCAGGUAUAGCAUGUUUGAUCAAAGACUCCCAUCUGGAACCAACCAUACCUACCCAAGAUCAUGCAGUAGUUCACAGACAGAAGACCGCUUGCCCCAGUGGUUACCAGCUCAUGGAAAGCUGAGCUUAGACUCUCUGAGCUACUGUCAAUUUACCAGGGACAGCUUCUCAGAAAAAUCAGUCCCCUUCAACCUUAGUCAGCAAGAAUACAGCUGUGGCUCAUAUAGUGUAGAAUCUGUAGUUCACAAGCACCUCAGCUCAGGACACAGUACCAUUGACCCUCAAGCCAGUCAUAGACAAAUGCACCAGAAGAGGAAAAGACAUCUAGAGGAGAGCAGAGAAAAGGAGGAAGAACGGCCCAAACACGAGAGGAAAAGGAGUUCAGAGGAAAUGGAUUUAAACAAACACAGGAGCAUCCAAAGAAAGAAAACAAAGGCAGAAACAGAAACUCUACAGGACGGUACAGAAAAGCUUAAGAACCGAAAAGAGAGAAAAGGCCGAGAUGUGUCCUCUAAGAAAGAGGACCGUAAGCGUAGAAAGGAGAAAAAGGAACAAGGCGAAGAAAGGACAGAGGAGGAGAUGCUUUGGGACCAGUCUAUCCUUGGAUUUUGAAGCUCCUAAGUCAGUUCUCCUGAGGCUCAACUGAAAGCAUCUGAGGAGCUUGGUUCUGUGCGUUCAUGUUCAUGUCACUUUCCUAUGUGGACAGAAGUUUCAACUUCUAAUGAAGUGAACGUGAGGGAUUUAGUAUGCUUGCUUUCCAACAUGCAGAUUCCUUUCCUAUUUCCUAAAAGCUUUAAUAAUUUUUCUUACAUAUAAUAGAAUUUCCCUUUAAGAAAAGAGUGGCUCUGCUUUGAUUCACCAAAUUGCUGUGGUAGUGGAAUUAUUUUCCCUUGGGAGAUCAUUUAUUUAAAAUUGGAGGAUUAACAGACUUUGUGGAAUCUGUUUCUUGGUUGGGUUUGUUUUAGUUUUGAGUCACAUAUUUUUAUGCUCACUGGCUUUCUCUAUGAAACAAUUUAGAUAACCUUUUGUAGAUCUAACUUGCAGUAUUUUCUGGAUUGGAAAGUGAAAUACAUUAUAAUAAUCUUAUCUUACAUAUAGUUUUAAAAGUUUCAGAGUCUUCACACAAAAUCAGUUUAUAUUCUGAAAAUGUUUAUAAUAAUAAAGUAUUUUAACUUCUGGA